GAAAGGAGGGAGGGGAAAGCGAGGACACACCCGCCCGCCCGCGCACCGUUGCCUUUGGCCGGUGCACACCGUGAGGAUGCAGCAGACAACAUGAGGUGAUCCCACACUGGAGAUAUAUUUUGAUAUGAAAAGCGUUUUUUUUUAUUUCAAGAGAGGAGAGCUGAUUGUCUCUGGAUCUAUGCGGAGAUGACUGCAGUCCCACCCUAAGAGGACACCCUGCUGAUCCAGCUGAUCCUCCGCAGUUCCCUGCAAGGACCCAGACGACCUGAAAGGUGCAGCCUCCGCCUUCCCCUCAGCCCCACAGAAUGACUGUUGCCACGGGCGACCCCUCCGAUGAAGCGGCUGCGCAUCCGGGCCACCCGCUGGACUAUGACCCGGAAGCAGACCACGAAUGUUGCGAAAGAGUUGUCAUCAACAUUUCCGGGUUGCGCUUUGAGACCCAGCUCAAAACCCUUUCGCAGUUCCCAGAGACGCUGCUUGGAGACCCCAAAAAGAGAAUGCGGUAUUUUGACCCGCUGAGGAAUGAGUACUUUUUUGACAGGAACAGACCCAGCUUUGAUGCCAUAUUGUAUUACUACCAGUCAGGUGGACGGUUAAGAAGGCCGGUUAACGUCACGCUUGAUAUCUUCUCAGAGGAGAUACGCUUCUACGAGUUGGGCGAGGAGGCAAUUGAGAUGUUCCGAGAGGAUGAAGGCUUCAUCAAAGAGGAGGAGCGCCCUCUUCCUGACAAUGAAUUUCAGAGACAGGUUUGGCUGCUUUUCGAGUACCCGGAAAGCUCGGGACCGGCCAGGAUUAUUGCCAUCAUCUCAGUUAUGGUCAUUCUCAUAUCCAUCGUCAGUUUCUGCCUGGAGACGCUCCCCAUUUUCCGUAAUGAGGAAGAUGAGAUGCACAAGUCCCAUGCGGAGAUCUUUUCACCAGAGACCAACACUACCAUCAUUAGAUACACGUCCACCUACUUUACCGACCCUUUCUUUAUCCUGGAGACGCUCUGCAUCAUCUGGUUCUCCUUUGAGUUCCUAGUGCGCUUCUUCGCCUGCCCCAGCAAAGCGGGCUUCUUCGGGAACUUAAUGAACAUCAUUGACAUUGUCGCCAUCAUCCCAUACUUCAUCACGCUCGGCACGGAGCUAGCCGAUAGUCCUGACGACGGGCAAGCAGGACAGCAAGCUAUGUCUUUAGCCAUUCUCAGGGUUAUCCGAUUGGUGCGGGUAUUCCGAAUUUUCAAGCUCUCUCGUCACUCUAAGGGGCUUCAGAUCUUGGGCCAAACCCUCAAAGCUAGCAUGAGAGAACUGGGACUGCUUAUCUUCUUCCUCUUCAUCGGCGUCAUUCUCUUCUCCAGCGCCGUCUACUUCGCCGAGGCUGAUGAACCUCAGUCUCAGUUCGAGAGCAUCCCGGAUGCCUUCUGGUGGGCCGUGGUGUCCAUGACUACUGUCGGUUACGGCGACAUGGUGCCAACAACCAUCGGCGGUAAGAUUGUGGGUUCCUUGUGUGCCAUCGCUGGUGUGCUGACCAUCGCUUUGCCGGUGCCCGUUAUUGUGUCCAACUUCAACUACUUCUACCACCGCGAGACCGAAGGCGAGGAGCAGGCGCAGUACCUGCAAGUGAACGCGCCCAAAGCUGACUCGGCGGAGGAGCUGAAGAAGAGUCGCAGCGGCUCCACCAUCAGCAAGUCGGACUACAUGGAGAUCCAGGAGGCUGUCAAUAACAGCAACGAGGACUUUCGCGAGGAGAACCUCAAGACCGCCAACUGCACACUGGCCAAUACAAAUUACGUCAACAUCACCAAGAUGCUCACAGAUGUGUAGUCCGCCGCCGCCGGGACCUCGUCACAUGUGCUGGAAAACUCAAAAAGGCAAUAGAAUUCUGAAUUAUAAGCUCCUGCCGCGCUUUAGUCCUGCCCUUAAACCUGUCAAACAGAGCCAGAUUUUGCAUUUGCAUGUUCUUUUUUCUACGUGGCUCUUAAAAAAAAAAAAAAAAGUCACGCUGAUGAAGCCAAUAAUAGUGCACAAAAAAAGGGAGACAUAAAAAAAAAAAGCUUUUUCAAA